AUGGCCGAAAUCUUCGGCCUAAUCGCCAACGUUUUCUCAGUUGGGGAAUUUAUUUGUAAUCUCGUUGAAUUUGGCCGCAAUCGCGGCUUCAUCUCCGAGCGUAUCCUCAAAGCUUCCGAAAAUCUCUUUGCUGAGCUCACAGACCUCGAAAGGCUCCUCAAGUCCGUACAAGACCAUUCCAACUCCAAUCCCGGCUCAUCAGCCAUGUGGUGGCUUGACAGAGUUCUGGACGAGUACAUGCGUGAGCUGGUGAGGCUCAACAACCCGAAAGAUAGGGGUUGGUUUGGCGUGUUGCUUGAAUGGGACCAGAGGGAGAUGAAGUUGCAGGAGUCUGUGGCGGGGGUGCAGAGAAUGAAGAGUACGAUUAUGGUGGUCUUGAUUACAGAUUAG